UCCCCACAGAUUCCAAACAAUCAUACUCUGACACAUGUCCAUGUCCUCUCCAAGAUUCACCCGUCUCUCUGCAUGAACACAGACCAAACUCAACUACAAUGCACACCCUCACAAAUUCCUCCACCACCGCCGCCGUCUUAUUCCACUCCUCACGCAUCCCAACGCAUCUCCGACCAACUCCCCAUUCACUCAAUAUCUCCCCACACUCAAUAUCAACCAUCCACUCAAUCUCUCCCCACACUCUCUGUUGCUCCCAGCCCAAACCCACAAAAACCCAGACCCGGAUCCGACCCAUUUCAUCAUCCCCUGAGCAGAACCAACUCACUGAUCCAACCCCUCAAGAACAAUCCAAGCUAAUACCCUUGAUUUUCUCAAUCUCAGUUGGGUUAUUCUUAAGGUUCUUGAUCCCAAAACCCCAUGAACUUACAUUACAAGCAUGGCAACUACUCUCAAUCUUUGUAUCCACUAUUGCUGGCUUAGUCUUAAGCCCUUUGCCUGUUGGAGCAUGGGCUUUUUUGGGCUUAACUACCAGCAUUGUUACAAAAACCACUACUUUUUCUACUGCAUUUCAUGCUUUUACUAAUGAAGUUAUCUGGUUGAUUGUGAUCUCAUUCUUUUUUGCUCGAGGUUUCGUAAAGACUGGAUUAGGAGACAGGGUUGCUACUUAUUUUGUUAAGUGGUUGGGGAAAAGUACUCUGGGAUUGUCUUAUGGUUUGACAUUGAGCGAGGCUUUGAUUGCUCCUGCUAUGCCUAGUACUACUGCGAGAGCCGGAGGGGUGUUUUUGCCUAUUAUUAAGUCGUUGUCGUUGUCCGCGGGGAGUAAGCCUAAUGAUCCUUCUGCGAGAAAGCUGGGGUCUUACCUUGUGCAGUCUCAGUUUCAGUCUUCUGGUAAUUCUAGUGCACUUUUCCUGACUGCUGCGGCUCAAAACUUAUUAUGCCUCAAACUAGCCGAGGAACUUGGCGUGAUUGUUUCAAAUCCAUGGGUUGCUUGGUUCGAGGCUGCUAGCUUGCCCGCAUUUGUAUCUCUUUUAGCAACUCCUUUGAUCUUGUACAAACUUUAUCCUCCUGAAAUAAAAGAUACGCCAGAGGCCCCUGCUAUGGCAACUACGAAGCUGGAGCUUAUGGGUCCAGUCUCAAAGAACGAAUGGGUUAUGAUUGGUACAAUGGCUCUUGCAGUCUCCUUGUGGAUAUUUGGUGAAGCUAUAGGUAUAUCAAGUGUUGUUGCUGCUAUGAUUGCCUUGUCUAUACUUUUGUUCUUGCGGGUGCUUGAUUGGGAUGACUGUUUAAGCGAAAAAUCAGCCUGGGAUACUUUGGCUUGGUUUGCAGUACUUGUAGGAAUGGCAGGUCAAUUGACAGAUCUUGGAAUUGUGGCCUGGAUGUCUGGUAGUGUAUCACAAUCACUUCAAGCUCUUUCUUUGAGCUGGCCUGUGGCAUUUGUGAUUCUUCAGACAGCUUACUUCGUGAUUCACUAUUUAUUUGCGAGUCAAACUGGUCAUGUGGGAGCUUUAUACUCUGCUUUCCUCGCUAUGCACUUGGCAUCUGGGGCACCUGGGAUGUUGUCAGCUCUUGCUUUAGCUUUUAACACUAGUCUAUUCGGCGCUAUAACACAUUAUAGCAGUGGUCAGGCUGCUGUUUACUUUGGAGCUGGCUAUAUAGAGCUCCCUGAUAUAUUCAAGAUAGGUCUGCUAAUGGCCCUUGUUAAUGUCUUGAUUUGGGGUGGUGUUGGGACCUUUUGGUGGAAAUUUUUGGGUUUAUAUUAAUUUCAAGUUGCACAGCAGUAAAUAUUCUUUUGUAGACCUGUGUGGAAUCCUAAAGCUCGGAAAACUGUCACAGUUUUAGCUUUUUUAUAUUGAUCCGAGCUCUCUAAGUCAUUAGUCUGGUGUAGUAGGAAGUUCCACUAAUUUGUAAAUUUUGUAUAACUAUAUUUUAUGAAGAUAUAGUGAAGUAUUUGCUGCCUCUGGUAUAAAGAUCUGAUACACUCA